AUGGCAUCCUCCCUGUUCUCGCUACCCGACAGCGUCUGGCGCAUCUACCGUGCGUUCAACCCUCCAACGCUGCCCAAGAACGCCAAUCCGCUGCGCAUCGGCAUCUUGGGCGCUGCAGAUAUCGCUCCGAUGGCGCUUGUCAACCCUGCACGAACGCACGCCGAUGUAGUCGUGCAUGGCAUCGCAGCGCGGGACCGCGUGUUCGACACGUAUGAUGCGCUGAUUAAUGAUCCCGAGAUUGAAGGGGUGUAUAAUCCUCUGCCCAACGGGCUACACGCGCUUUGGACGCGCAAGUGCAUCGAGGCUGGCAAACAUGACCUGCUCGAGAAGCCGAGCGCUUCGAACGCACAGGAAGCAAGCGAGCCCUUCGCACUUGCUGCGAAGAAGAACGUCGUAGUACUCGAAGCAUUUCACUAUCGCUUCCAUCCGGCGCUGCACGAGUUUCCGUACCAGCUCUAUGAGGUCAUGCCGACUCGGAGUUUGGGAGCAUCUGGAUCGCUCUGGAAAGAGACCGAUAUUCGCUUUAACUAUCCGCUGGCCGGAGGUGUCUUCAUGGACUUGGGCUGCUACGCUGUCUCAUCUGCCAUCUAUGCAUGCCGUGCUGCAGGCGGGACGGACAAGCGUGCGCAGUGGCCGAAAGACAUCCAGGUCUCUUCGGCCGAUGCGGAACUGUUCAUUCCAACGCACAAGAAUUUGAUCUCAAGCAAAUCCCACUGCGACAGCAAUGGCAAGCCAGCGAUCGACCGUAUACUCGAAGCGCAAUUUGAGGUUCCUAGCGCAAGGCUACACGCGAUCAAAUGCUCAGUACGCCCCGGACUGAGUGACCGUGUUCCUACAUGGAUUCCGUUCCUCGGCGGUAAGCGACGCAAGAUCAUCCCCAGCUUCUCGCUCAAGGAAACUUUCCAAGAUGGUACCUCGGUGGAGCUGUACAACUACAUUUUCCCUACUGUUUACCAUCAUAUCACCACCACGCUCCGCGGGUUGCGCGCGGAGAUGGCUGGCGUAAAGGAAGGCACGAAGAGGUACUCGCAGGCGUAUGUUCCAACCCCCAAGCACACGUCCGCUGGUGGUCCAGGUGCCGGAAAUGCCAAAGGCGGUGAAGAGCAAAUGAGGCGCGCCGCCAAAGAUGGCUUUUGGUCCGCAGGAAAGGGUAAGCCCUACCGGCUCACGUACAGGUGGAUGCUCGAGGCAUUUGUGGAAAGCGUUCGCAAGAGUCAAGCAGGUACACCCGCCAAAGGCACAAGGGGGACCGUCUGGGUCUCGAACGACGAGAGCGUGGCUUUCAUGCGCACGCUCGACCUUGCAUACGAAAAAGCGGGUCUUCCCCGUAGCGGCACUUAAGAAGCGGACCGUAGGGCCACGGCCAUCCUAGGAAUUUUUUUGGCUGUGUGCAGUGAAUAGCGAG